UGCGACGUGGACGCAAAUGCGGUGCGCAAGCGCCUCGAGGCCGUUCUCGCCGACGUUGCGGCGGGCGUGCGCGCCAAGGCCGCUCUCGUCGCCGGUGCCGGCGCCGCCCGCGCCCAGUUUGCAACCGACGUGGCGCACUGGGAGACGAUGGCCAACGAGGUAGUGGCCGAGAUGGAUGCGAUACAGACGCACUUCAAGUCGUCCAACGCCAAGCCGACCCACGAGGACCAGCAGCAGUUCCGAUACCUACAGUACGUGCAACAAAAAGCCCAGUACUACCAGUACGUGCACGGGAACCUCCUGGCGACCGACUUUGGCGACCACGACGCGUACGCAUCACUCGUCGGGCAGUGCUUUGAGUAUACUGUGAACGAAAAAGAGCUCAAGGGCGGGACGUCCAACACGGUCGCCAGGACGUACGUCAUGGUUGUCUGCCCGUUCCUCAAUGUCACGCAGACCGAGCCUGCGUAUCACGAGUGGCGGCUCGCACAGAAGCAAGCGCAGGCGGGCGAGACGCCGAUCACGCCGCCCACAGAGCGCGAAGAGCAACGCCCGAUCUUGCUCGGUGUGUGGGCCAACUGGACGACCGACGUACGACCAACGCAUGUGGGCUUGCCGCAUGCGCUGUAUGACGAGGCACCGGCGCCGCUGGAGGCCGACCCGUCGCCCAUCCGCGUCCAGAUGUACGACCACGGCGAGCGCUGCGGCGAAGCGCCCCGGCGCGUGCACAUGCAGAUGGAGUGUGCAUCGACCAACUACGUCAAGUUUGUCGAAGAAAGGUCCGUGUGCGUCUACAGCAUCGGCUUUGCAACGCCUGCCGCGUGCUCGCCAGAUUAUGUGCGCCACCUGCAAUCGGUUCUAGGGGCGUCGGCACGCCACGACGAGCUCUAAGUCGAUGAAGACGCCAUCGAACACGGAUGAUUUUGUUGCUUAC